CUUCUUUGAAGCAGCUAAAAGUGGAGUGUUGCCCUCCAUGUCUGUCCCUCUGCAUUGAUCCGACUUCAUCACUCAUUCCUUCCUGCACUAUUAAAUGGAGCAUUUCAUGUCUGGAAUCUGAACGAGAUAAAACUUGAGUUGGAAGAUUCUGAACUUUAUUUUGAACUUUGACAGUCUCAUAUUCAAAUGGUGCCAACAUUAAGUACUGCUACCUACUGUGUGCAGAGUUCAGUGUUCAUCUGAGGUACAAUUCUUCAAUAAUUCCCCAGCCAAGGGGAGUUUUGUGUGUCACUUUUUUUUUAACCAAAUUGCCAUCAUCGUGCUCUAUCAACACUCAACACUGUCCUUACUACAACUGUAAGUACUUCUAGUUUGUUCCUGGGCGCGUGUCAAGUCACGACUCAGCACUUGACAGAAGUCGACCACCGUUCACGUGCUCCGGUGCUCUGUCGUCAUGUCCGGCUUAUGAGACCUUCUUUUUGACUCAUCGGUCGUGAUAAAGAACAUUACACAUAUUUUUAAUUUAAUUUUUUUCAAUUUAAUUUCCGGUGUCAUUAUGUUCGAUUUCCACGGACUUUGUAUUAUUGAUGAAUAUAAAUAUACAGCACGUCACUUCCGCCCUGUGAAAAUGGCGGCGCCCCUGCGGAGACUUCGCGGUGGCGUGAGCAGGGUUUUUCUUCAGAAACGACAGUUCACAUCCGGUCGUGGCUUGCUGCCACGUCCCCGGCCGCUGCCCCUGCUGCUGGUGACUGGUGGUGGUUAUCUGGGGUACCAACACUUCAGGAGGAAGGGCCAGGAUGAAGAGCAACCCCCCCUGCUUGCCUCACCCACUCAGGUGGCUCUCUACCGCUCCUUCCCAACUCGCUUCCUUUCACGAGCAUGGGGUCGUCUGAAUGGACUAGAACUGCCAACGUGGCUGAGGAAGCCAGUCUACUCCCUUUAUAUCUGGACGUUCGGAGUCAACAUGGAGGAAGCUGCAGUGGAAGACCUUCAUCACUACAAAAAUCUGGGAGAGUUCUUCCGGCGCAGACUGAAGGCUGCCGUGCGGCCGGUUUGCUCCGCCUCCUGCCUGGUGUCUCCAGCUGAUGGGAGGAUCCUUCACUUUGGUCGAGUCCAGAACUCAGAGGUGGAGCAGGUGAAGGGGGUCACCUACAGCCUGGAGAGUUUCUUGGGUCCACAGGACAACUGCAAGGACUCAGCCUCCAUCAGAGACACACUUGUGUCGUCUCCGGCGAACGACUUGUUCCACGUGGUGGUCUACCUGGCGCCCGGAGACUACCACUGCUUCCACUCCCCGGUGGACUGGCGGGUGGCAUUUCGCCGCCAUUUUCCAGGAUCCCUAAUGUCGGUGAGUCCAGGCGUGGCUCGCUGGGUCAAGGAGCUCUUCUGUCUGAACGAGCGCGUUCUGCUCAGCGGCCGGUGGCAGCACGGAUACUUCUCCCUCACUGCAGUUGGAGCCACCAACGUCGGCUCCAUCCAAGUCUACUUCGACCAGGACCUGCGCACCAACGCGCCGCGCUACAGCCAAGGAUCCUUCUAUGACCUCAGCUACGGCGAGGCGGAGUCGCCGGCCAAAGCCGUGGUCCUGCAGCGGGGCCAGCCGGUGGGGGAGUUUAACCUGGGCUCCACCAUCGUCCUCCUGUUCGAGGCACCCAAGAACUUUGACUUCCAGCUCACCCCUGGACAGAGGAUCAGGGUGGGGGAGGGGCUUGGGAGAUUCUGAUGGACCGCCCCCUUCUAUUUUGGUGCCUUCAUAGCCAUGUGAUCAUGAGUGCCGCGUGUUGGUGGACCAAACAUCCGAUGAGCUUUCUUUCAGCUCCGCCCUUUUCAUCAUGUGACACCAUGGACGACCUUGCUGGACUGUAUCAUGUGAGGGUUUCCUCGCAAACCUGAACACUGAAAAUAAAAACAUUUAUGUGUGCGUCAGCUAGCAUUGUGGUCGACACCACUGAGCCCAAGUCAGGUGGACAAGCUUGGAUCGUCUUCGUUUCCCCGGCCUGACCGCAGACUUCGGUGGAGGCGUGUUCAUGGAUGCUUUGCUCAAGCUGUGUUCAAGUCUGGGUGAGUGUGCCAUCUACUGGUUGAUUUGUUUUAUUGACUUCCACAUUAAACAACAAUCAGAAGUAGAGCUCAUCCCUGAUUGGCCAGUCAUCAGGCUCCGCCCACUUUAAGAAGACCUAUAAAAGUACUUGGUGACGUCAGAACCAGCAGCAGGUCCUGGUCCGUUAAGGCUUCGGGUCGGUAAGGCCAGAGCAGAAUAACUUAACGAAUAUCAUCACUGACGCGCUAACACAUAAAUCUCAACUCUGAUUGGUCACUUCACAUACGGCACAUUUGCCAGCUUGACUAGAGCAACAGACGUAAACAGUACAACAACAGCAGGACGACAACUAGCUAGCAGUGUUGGCUAGCUGGUGUGUGGCGUCGGAUAGUUGGCAAAUAUUAUAGCGUGUCAUCAGCAUCUACUGUCAGAUUAGUUAACGAUAAAAACGGGGACCUGCUAACAGGCUAGUGACAGUGUUCGGUAAUGUCAACCACCACCGCCUUUCGCCAACUGAACAGGAAGUAGCCCAUGCCGGCACCGGCCGCCACAGCGAUGCAGAGGUAACCGUUGUAGGUCAUGAAGAUGAGCAUCAGGAAGUAACUGACGACCACUUGGACGAUGUGGAGAAGAGUCUGCAGGAAGUGGGAGGGGCUUAGCAUCCGCUGGCUGCAACGACAGGAAAGUCGCGUUAGGGAAGCACAGAACACGGAGCUAGUCACCUCGGCAGGCGGAGCACUGCGGGGGACAUUGAGGUGGCUGAGGCAGGGGCCAGACACCCCGUGUCCCAUGAGGUCAUACAGGUCCAGAGCAGUCAGCUACUGAAAGUAAUCUCGUCUUCCAAGUGCUGUCCUCUUCAGGUUCAACAAGUCUUCCUCAGCAGGUUUCACACCGCCCCCACACCGCACACAAGAAUUCGCAAACCGGCCCGCUGACAUACUUCAACUGAAAUUGUCUAUUCAUCAGUCUGGGACUAUGACGAACCCAAGUAGCCA